CAGUUCCAGAGAGAACCUUGGCAGUUGCAUUCUGCACCAACGGCACCAACUGACGUUUCUGAAUAUUCUUCAAGGACAGCCCUACAUAGAGUGCAUAGCAGUCUUCCAGCUGUGAUGUGACUGUGGUGUGGGUAAUCGUGGCCGGUUUGAUGAAUGUUUCACUGCUUGUAGCUCCAGUUUGGUGGUGCCAGCAUUAUGUCGGGCACAAUGGCGGGCCACUGUGUGAAGCAGGAUACUGGGCUAGAUGGGCCAUUUGCGUGAUCCAUUUGCGUGAUCCUGUUCUUAUGUUCUUAUGUCUGGAUGCUGGCACUGCUGUUUCCCCCCUUCUACAACCAGAGUUGAGGGAGGAAGCACCUCCCUCACUCUGGCUGCUAUUGGCUAUGCGGGCUGUCUGCUGACUACAUAGAGGACACACUCUAGUACAUCCAAAUGUGGACGGGAGAGCAUUGGAGGCAUUAGGGGUGCGGAACUGCAGGUCCAUGGGAUCCUGGUUCCGCAUUAUAUCCUAAACUGGCCUAUGUGUAUAUAUCUAUAUUCAGGCUUGGGACUAGAGUCCAAGUUUCAGUUAGGCUUCUUACUUGUUCAGAAUUUAAAUAGAGUGGUUCUUUCUCACUCACAUAAGAGACUGUUAAAUUUGUUAGCUAGUGUUUAAGAAACAAUAAAUGUUCAAGCUCUUGGCGUUCAGAAAUCCUGACUUUCAGAAACAUGAUGGGUGAGGAUUACUUACUUGAGGACAAAUUUAUUCUCUUAACCACAGUUCUCUCCUGCUGUACCUGAAGGAGAUUUGAAAGAAAAAUUCAAAUUGCUGAAGGUUCUUUUCCAAGUUGACAAGGUAUCCUGGGAGAAACGAGACCAUCUGGCUGGGGCUUGACUCCUGGGAUUUGAGUCAUGGUCUCCAACAUACGGCUUAGGAAAUCACACCUGCUGCUCUGGGUCUCCGUGUGCUUCCUUGCCAGCCUCAUGCUUUCGCUGUUGCAGCGGACAAACAGAGCCCAGGCUGCGUUACAAGCGUUAGCAAAAUGCCAAGAACUGCAACGAUUCCUUCAAACAAAGAAUGCGCUGGAAGGGAGCAGCCCCAAGUUAGGGAGCAUCCAGUCUGCAAAGAUCUUGGGACAUCUGCAGCUCAUACAGGGAUGCCCUUGGAAGCCCAAUCCCACAGCAGUGGCCCACUACAGGACAAAACUGGGGCAAUGCUGCAACGCUUCCUUCUGGCUACUAGUAACCAAGGAAAACACCCCAGUAGGAUCGCACCUCAUCUCUGACGUGAACAAAAACUGGAAGCAGUCAGUGAAAGCCGAGCUGGUGGAUCUCCUGCCAGAGAGAUCACCCUUUUCAGAUACUCAGUAUGGUCGCUGUGCAGUGGUGGGGAGUGGUGGAAUCCUACGAAACAGUGGCUGUGGACAGGAGAUCGACCAGGCAGAUCUAAUAGUGAGGUUCAACAUGCCUCCCAUGAACUUCUCUGAAGAUGUGGGAACCAAGACAAGCCUGGUCACUAUAAACCCCACUAUCCUUGAGAAAAAAUACACAAAACUAUCAGGCCGGCGGAAGCCUUUUGCAGAUGCUGUGAGUGCCUACCGAGGUGCCUUCUUCAUCAUCCCGGCUUUCUCCUUUCCUGGCCAUGCCAGCAUGGCCUACCGCGCUCUGUACGCCACGCAGGACUUUGGCCUCGCGGGGCAGGUGACCUUCCUCAACCCACACUACUUGGAGGCCCUGAGCAAUUACUGGAGGGGCCAGAACUUGCAGCCCAACCGGCUCUCGACCGGGUUCAUGUUUGUCAACGUGGCUCUGGAGCUCUGCCAGCACAUCACGCUCUACGGCUUCUGGCCGUUUCAGCAUGGCUUGGACAACCAGCCCAUCCUUCACCACUACUUUGACAACAUGUUGCCCAAGCCUGGUGUCCAUGCCAUGCCGAGCGAGUUCUCACAUUACCUGGCUAUGUACGCCCAGGGUGCGCUACAUUUACGGCUUGGCAAGUGUCAGCAAGAGGCGGGGGACAUUGCCUGAACCACGGCCAAGAAGGCCAAGCCAUGGGUUCAGGUUGCAAUGCCCAGCGGAGCCUGAAGGUGGAAGCACAGAGACAGCAUGGGCAAGUGCUUUGAAGAGGUCCUUCCUCAAGGACUGCUUUGUGAGAACAAUCCCCUUCUAGAAGAAUGAUACCUUAAAUUUCUGGAAUCUAGGAUGAAGAAUGAAAGCCCUCCCAAGGAGAGACACUAUCAGGGCCAGUAUUAGAUUCCCUGGCACCUGAGGCGGAGUGCCAAAUGCCACCUCCUCCCACUUUGCCGGUGGUGCACCAGUUGGGUUUCUGCCACUCCUCCUUUCCCUCGAAAGGUGCACCUCAAGUAACGUUGGAGGCUGAACCUAGAGGUCUUCCCCCCCUCCCUACUCCAAGAUAGGUAAUUUUGGACUCUGGGCCUAAUCGGCCAAUGGAAACUCCCUUUGCAACAUAAGCAUCCUCUCUCUCUCUCUCUCUCUCUCCCUCUCUCUCUCUCUCUCUCUCUCUCUCUCUCUCUCUCUCUCUCUCUCUCUCUCUAUAUAUAUAUACACAUACACAUACACAUGCACAAACACACAUACAGGCUUGCAUGCAUGAGAUCUGGCUAAUUUCUUCUUUGAAACCCCACAUGGAUAUGCACAUUUAGGCAUUAUGAAAGCACCUGUAGAAUAAACAAAGUGUUGCAAGCAA